AUGGCGACAGUGAGUCCACUCUAGGCUGAACAAAGUACGUCAUAUCGUCCUCACUGAAUCCACUGAUCUCCCACUGCACUUGGAAUGUCGUUCCGAAGCGGGUGCGACCGACUGCCGCAACCACUGCGAACAGAGCACCAGUAGUCGGAACAGCCCAGCAAGUCGACGAGAACCUCGCCACCACGACCUACACCUCUAGUUUGACCCACAUCUCUCAACUCUUACGCACUGGCAUCAGUUGCGUUACCUUUCUUCGAGGCAUCUUCGAAGACGUCAGUCACAUUUCUCGUCGCACACCGAGCCUCACGCUCCUCCCGUCCGAAGAUGACGCUGAACAGGAGCUCAGUCUCCUUUUUGGUCUCGGCUCGCAGGACAACUUUGUCAAUGCAGCGAUCAGAACUCCCAGUGUUCCUGUCUCUGAUACGAACCCUGCUGCCACGUCCAAGGCGUUGGAGGAGAAAAAGUCUCAACCUUCGACCGUCAAGGUCAAGUCACUCAUCAGGGGCGCCAGUCGUGAAGCCGACUUGCUCCUCGACUACCUGGUGCGUAUCCUCAAUAUCAGAGUGCUCCACUUGCAUUUCCUUACCGAAGAUUCAAGCGUUCAUACGCACAGGAUUCGGUCGAUGUCGCUUUCAAGCUCGGUUACGUCGAACGUCUCGGUGGGUGACAAAGCUUUUCGGCAGGCUAGGCAAGACCAUGUCUCCUCAGUGUGCAGCUGUCCUUCACAGUGCUCGCCAUUUUCCACGAUCCCGAAGAACCUGAUAACAUCGUUGAAGCUUACACCUUCAGCUUCGACUACGAGGCAGACGCUGACGGGAAACAGGUGCUGUCUUUUGAACCUCAGGGGUUCCAUGAAAUUCAGCUGCGAUACUAACGUCUUGCCCUGCCGCGCCGCAGCGUAUCGCUAUGACCCUGCCGGACCAGUGGACCGGUGCAGGCAAAGGUGGUCAAUCCUCAAGCUUGAGUGAAGGAGAUGUCAAGCGUCAAAUUCAAAAGUUGAUCAAGAAGUGAGCCACCCUAUAAAAUGUCAUCAAUAAGCGCGUGGAGAAAGCUCACCUUCGGUCGUGAGCAGUUUGCUUAUGAGCACCCAAGCGUUGGAUGAACUGCCCCGACGUCGGUACAUCGAUUUGCGGCUCUACUUCACUGAAAACGCACCAGACGACUACGAGCCAGCGCUCUUCCAGCCGAUACCUCCCGAGGAAGGGCAACUCCGCAUAACCACUCCCAGGCUCGAAGACCGGCCCGACGUUGCCGAGCUGGGGAAUAUAUCGACUGGGUUUCACAACCUUUCCUGUCACUACAUCUCGAUCGCCCACCUACUUAAUACAGUGUUUGACGACAAGAUAAGCCACGAAGAGGCCCUCGCUAGGAACCGUCGCGAUGCGCAAAGCAGGAACGUCGAGUGGGAUGGCGAGAGCCUAGCGCAGUCCAUCACAUCGGCAGACUCGAAUCUCAAACCGAUGGAUCCAGUCGGUGUUCGGGACAAAGAUGGCAACUUCUUGACCGUCGAAGAAGUUUGUGCUCGUCAAGAUCCUCAGACCAAACAGCUCAGACUUAAGAUCGGGCUCGAAGGCACAGGAACGACCAUCAUUCCGGCCGAGGACCACUUCGAGCCGUCGAUCCAGGAUUCGAACACUUCGGAUUCGGCAGCGCUGCAGAAAGAGGUCGGUUCCGAGUUCCACAAAUCGAUCAACUAACCUUCAUCAGCUAACUCUGAUAAUGCUAAAGAUUGAUCGUAUUAGGAACCGAGGCGGCGACACUCAACUGCUGGAGAUUACCCAGUCUCAACCCGAUCAUCCACCAGCCUCGAUAGAAGAACUUCACGGCUUUCAGGAUCUACAGAUGACGCUCAGCCAGGGUGGGUCCCAGCUGUACCAAGUGAAGGAAAAUGUGAUGAUGGAAGAUACUGGUGGCGCUCAAUCAGCUGGUGCGCAAGCAGAAUCCCAUCACGGAGGUGCGGAAACGAGCGUCGGAGAACCGAGGUAAGAGUGCGGGCCCCAAAUAGCCUCGAGAGGAUGAAGCUGAGUGCUAGUUGUUUGGUGGCUUUCAUAGAAGCGAUGUACGUCAAGACGCAUUACAAGCCGGUUUCCCCCUUCCAUCGGAGCAAGCGCCCCGGGCCGUGGCCUUCGAGAACGGAACGAGUUCAGCGCAUCACAAAGCUCCAGCUCGUGGUCGCGCUUCGCAGACGAACUCUGCACUUGCGGAGAUGAUGAACAGAUGCGACUGUGGUAUGCCUUGGGCCUAUGGAUCUAUCAGUCUUAGUUCUGGUCUGAUGAGCUCGACGCUCGACGUUGCAGGUUUCUCGCUGAAUACCGCAGAAGGCGCUUUCCGCUGCUCCGGUACGUGACGAAACGUUCUUGCAUGGAACAGCUCCCUGAUGGCGAAGUUGAGGUUUCACCGCUGCAGUCUGUCAAAUCAGCAAGCACUUCUCGUGUCAUGGGUGAAAAUAUAAUUCUGCUUUAGGAUGAAGGUUCACUUGACUUCUGAUCACUUAUCGCUUAUCGUUCAAACAGGUUCGCGACUCGUCCCCAUGCCGCGGUGCUCAAGAAGCUCAUUUGCUACGCAUGCCGAACGGCCGAUGUCACGGGACAUCGAUCUCAUGAACCCAUGCUCAAUUUUCAUGAACUGGCCAAAUUUCGACGAGGUACGUGAUUUUCAGCAAGACAGGUGCCUUGGGCUUUGAAACUAAUUUAGGACGAACGCCGUACAGCCAUCGAGGUCCUCUGGAAUGACGGAGUGCCUCUGGUCAGCGAACUUGCCGCACGCCUGGGGACCGAUCGCCAAGAUGCAGCAGCCAUCAUCCAACGAUUGCGAUGCGAGAAUUUCAUCGUUGAAGAAAAACCUCAGCCAAAAGAGGAACCAGUUGCAAAAGGUCGUGCGCGAGGUCGAGGGCGUCCGCGAGGCCGAGGGGCUCCCCGCGGUCGUGGGGCUGCAAGCAACGGGAGUGGGUCGACGCAGAAAGUCGAUGUUGUCAAUCGGUAAGCCAGAGCGGGUGUUCGUGCAUUACGGUUGACCGAGCUGAGAUGAUCUGAAUCUCUUCAACAGAUCUCCGGAACAAAGUCGGUACAAGAAGGUGAAGUACUUCACCCCCGGUCAAGGGGCUGAGCUACCGAUUCUCGAGUUGCUGUCUCGUGAAGCGAAGCUGGUGGUCGUCAACGAGACGCGUGCACCGGUAAGCUAACCUGCACCCGCGGCUGAUAUCCAAUAGCCGAUCAGCCCCGAUUUAGUCCUAAGAUCCCUAUGUUGCCCAGGAGAACGAAAUACGACCCCCACCCCACAAUGGCCACGCCUCCCCCGCAUCGACCGAUCCCAUCAUCCAAACCCAAUCCCAAUCCGCUGCGCAAGCGGUCGUCUCUAAAGUCGCCAACGCUCCAGCUCCUGCUCAAGCAUCCGCAUCGACCAUCGUCCCCAACACACCUGAGACCUCUCAAGUUCUACCCAAACCUUCGAGGACGGGUCAAUUCGCAGACGAGAUCCAGUCAUCGGAGCUGGAGAUUACGGAUUCGCUCGGAUUCGCCCCUUCUACCUUCGAGGAAACGUCUGCGUUCCUGAAUCGAGCGGCACCGAUUGCGCAGGAAGCCCUUUCAGAGAAGGCCAAGGGGAAACGUAAAGCCGAAGAGGAUGUACCACAAGGAGUCGGGAAUGGUGGUGCCAUGGAAGUACCGGUACAGAGGAAGGUCAAGAGGAGUCGAGCGAUCGAGGCGCUGGAAGUUUGA